UAUGUAACAAGAAAUAUGAAAUUAUUAAAUCAAAUUAGAAAUAUCACACUACUAAUGUACCAUAAAUUUCAUAAUUUAUUUAAUUCAAAUAAUAAAUCUUUAGUAUAUUUUAUAAUUAUCAUGUUUAUUACAAUUUUGUAUUAUUCAAUUCUAAUGAAACUAAUAAAUCCUGAAGUUACAUAUAUAAUUGCUCCAACUUCAUCUGGGGUAUUUAUACAAUUUACAAACAAUUCAUUAUCAGCAAAUUAUACUACUGAGAUUGUGACACAUCGUAUAACUAGUUCAACCCCUAAAAUUACCACUAAAACUUUUCAUCCUCAACGCCGUCAUCAUCAUCAUCAUCACCAUCAUCGUCGUCGUCCACGUUAUAGACACAAAAAAAUGAGAUUGAGAAAAGUAAAUUCAUUGAACAUCAUCAAGUCAAAGUUUCAAGUACAUUCAAGAUUAAAUUGGAAAAAUAAAAAAAAUAAUGAUGUUUUAUCACAAAAAUUUUUUCCUCCAUUAUAUCUUAAUCAUUCAUUUUGUUUAAAUCAAUCUAAUUUUCAUAUUGAUAAUGAAAAAUAUAUUAAAUUAAAAAAAUAUCGACAAAUUAUAAAUUUACCUAAUGUAUUAAGAGUAUUUAAUAUAAGUCAAUGGUUCAAAAUAAAGCCAACUAUAUGUCAAUCCAGUAAAAUAAAUUUAUUAAUUAUUAUAUUCUCUCCAAUAAUAGAUCAUUCAAUUCGUUAUAAAAUUCGUCAAACAUGGGGUUCAAUUAAAUAUAUUUUAAGUGAUACUAUUAUAAAUAAACAAUAUUUUAAUGGAUUAAAUAUUAUUGAACAUUUAUUUAUUGUUAAUAUUACAAAAUAUAAAUUUAAACAAAAUUCAAUUCAUAUUCAAAAUCUUUUAAAAGAAGCACAAUAUGAAAAAGAUAUUUUAAUUUUAUGUUUAAAUCAUUUACAAAAUAAUUUAGCUUCAUUAUAUCUUUUGACAAGUGAAUUCUUAUUAAAUUCUUGUAAACAUUCUAUAGAUUUUGUUUUAUUUAUUAAUCAAGAUUUAUUUCCUAAUUUAAAUGCUUUAAUACAAUAUACAAAUUCAAAAUUAUUACAUUUAACAUCGAAUACAUUAAAACAAAAUCAUAAUCCAUCUAUAUAUUGUAUACCAAUGAUGCAAAAACAUAUUGAAUAUAAUAAACGAUUUAAUAAUUUAUAUAAAAAUAAUUUACCUAUAUGGCAAGGAAAUAUUUAUCCUGCAUAUUGUGAUAUUAAAACUGGUGGUUUUUUAUUAUUAUUUAAAACAAUGAAACAAUGGUAUACAUGUUCUCAUUUAUAUAUACCAUUUAAUCCUAUACAAGUUUAUUUAACUGGUUUUAUAAGAUAUAUAGCCAAAAUUGAUAUUGAAAAUUAUUGGAUAAAUUAUUGGUCAAUUAGUAAUUUGUUACCAAGUGUAUCAUUAAAUAAGAAAAGUAAAAAAUAUUUAUUUUUUCAAAAAUCUAUUAAUCAAAAUAAUCGAGUAUGGAAAAGUGUAUUUCGUGCAACGUUGAGUUGAUAACACCAUAUAUAUGUAUGUACUUUUCUUCUGAAUCUUACUUUUGUUUCCAUUGAGUGGAAAUAUAUUAAUUCAAAUUAAUGAGUCAUUUG